AUGAAGAAGCACCAGCCGCACUCGGUGCAGGGCACCUUCAGCCGCCUCUUCGGCAAGCGCCACUCCAGCCCCAGCGCCGCGUCCCUGUUCGCCACCAACCCGCCCUGGAUCUUCACGCAGGAGGUGACCUCGGACAGCGCGGGUGGCACCGGUGAUGUGAUCGAGGUGUACUACGGGGACAACCGCUUCGGGACAGUGACAGACUCGGGCACAGCAACGCUCAAACCCCGUCCCAGGGUCCGGCCCCUGCUGACCUUUCUGCCCCUGAACGCCCAAGAAUCCCAUGGGGUGGCUGUGCCAACGCCGUCGGUGCCAGAAGACUUUGAGGAAAAGGCAGCUCUUGGCUCUGGCUCGCAGCUCAAUGGCAAUUUCCGGAUGUACAGCUCGGUGGGGGACCUGCGCCCGCCUGCCCUCGGUGGGGAUGAUGUGGAUGAAGACAUCCCCCCACCACCAUCGGUGCCCCCUCCGCCCCCUCCAGCAGCGCCAGCGCCUCCGCCACCCCCUCCGGCCUCGCCGGUCUCUCCACCGCCCGAAAUGCUGCCACCACCGCCGCCACCACCCCCUGAAAUGGUGCCACCACCCCCUGAAAUGGUGCCACCACCGCCACCCGAGCUGGUGCCACCUCCUCCUGCCAUGGCAGCCCCACCGCCUCCCGCCUCUGCCCUGUCCCCCCCCAGCACUCCGGCUCCUCCCGACUUCAUCCCGCCGGCCCCGCCGGGCGCCCGGGACCCCGCAGCCUUCGGCCCCGGCAUCUCCAAGUGGAAGUCGGAGACGGUGCUGAACACGAGGCAGGCGGACGCCGAGGGGCCGCUGUGCCCUGCCCAGGCCGGGCUGCCCGCAGCCCCCAGCCCCAAGGAGAGCCUUCAGCCCAAACCCGAGCCCCACCUCACCUUCCCCAGGUCGUUCAAGGUGCCGCCGCCGGCCCCGGCGCGCUCCUCGUCCAUCCCGAUGCAGGAGGGCCAGCCCGGCCGGCAGGAGCCGGUCCCCAGGCAGCCUCAUGCCCGGCCACCUCUCCCACCCUGCUUCACCAUCAGACCAGCAGCCAAGGCACGGCCGGGAGAAGCGGAGCAGAGGAAUUCCGGGCUCAGACAGGGCGUUGGGAAGUCGGCUGUGCCCCCUCCACUCAGCCCCAAGCCGGGCUCAGGGCUCAGCCAAGGGGUGAGUCCCGCUGGCCACCGCUCCCCACUGCCGGGCUCCGAGCGGGAGAAGAUUCCCCAGCUGAAAACAACCGGGAGAGACUCCCCUCCAAAAUCUGAACCUCUCACUGCCAACGACCUGGACCUCCCUCCUCCGGACUACCCGACCUGUGAGGAUGACUGGAAGGAUGCCAACAACCUGAACAAGCUGCGGGACGAGCUCUCGGCGCUGCUGCGCUCCCCGCGCCGGGAGGAGAGGCCGGGCGCUCCCCAGCCCAUGGACAGCGCUCCCAGCCGCGCUGCCAGCCGUGAGCCAGGGCUCAGCGAGCCCCAGCUCGCCAGGAAAGACACGGGGCUAUCCAAGGGAGGGGAGAGUGAGAAGAAGGAGGUGCCCAGCAGCCCUCCCAGCACCAACGGGGGCUCUCCCAGCACUGCAGUCACUACCCCGGAGAGCAACCCUGGCACACAGCCCCGCAGUGUGAGGACAAUCAGGAACGAGCUGGAGGCCGUGCUGGCCCUGAAGAAAGAGGGGAAACCUGUCCCAGGUCCCAGCAGCCAGAAGCAGAGUGUGGAGAAUGGCAUCAGCAUCCCACAGCUGAGGAAGAGCCCCCCUGACACCAGUGGCUCAGUGGUGCCAAAACCGCUCCCCAGCCCGCUCCCAGCCCCUGCUGUGGAGAAGGAUGAGACAGAUCCCAAGGACCAUGCUGCUCCUGCUGCUGACAAGGUCACAGAGGACGUGAGCCCUGCGCCGGGGUCCAUCAACAGCAGUGUGAGUCCCCCAGACCCACCUCAGGGACCGGCAGAGGAGCCCCCCGCUCCCACCCCUUCCUCACCCGCGGUGUCCCCUGCACAGAGCCCGGCACCACAGCCCAGCUCGGCCGUCUUCCAGUACAAAGUGCACCGGGCUGGGACCAGCCCGGCCGAGCCACCCUCUGCCCCGAGCUCAGCCGAGCCCCCCUGCCCAGAGAGCUCAGCCAGGAGCCCCCCGGCCACGCCGGCAGCGGGGCAGGAGGAGGAGCAGGUGCUGAUCCACCCCGUGACGGGGGAGCGCGUGGAGCGGGGCUCGCCCAUGGCCCUGCUGCUGGCAGCCCGGCAGCGCGCCCAGCGGGGCCGCCAGGGCGGGGACGGGGCCAGGGCCAAGCCACCCCUGAGACUCAGCAGCGCCUCGUCAGACACCACCUCCAGCAGCUUCUUCCGCCACGAGUCCAAGCCCUACUCCUUCACGGUGGUGCCUCGGCCGUCGGCAGCCAGUCCUGCGGGGUCCGUCUGGAGCAAACCCCCCUCGUUCUCCAGCUCCUCGGAGCAGGGCCGGGAGGUGCGGGCGGUGGGCGAGGCGCAGCCCCCCGGCCCCCGGCGAGCCACUGCCUCCAGCCUGCUCCAGGGCCUGCUGGACUCGGGGCAGCCUGGCCCAGCUCGCCACGGGGUGCCCAGGGAGGAGGAGAACGGGGACACGGCGCUGGACUUCGGGAUUAUCCCCCCACCCCCCGAAUUCAGCAACGAGGCGGACGAGGGUCCCCUCCCAAGUCGAGAGGAGAACCGCAAGUGCCCCAGUGUCCCUGACAGCAGCCGGGGCUCGGGCGAGCCGCGCUAUUUCAGGUGGUCUGGCUACAGCCGCAGCUACGGGGGCAACCAGGAGCCAGCAGCUCCGCUGCCCGUGGAGAAGAGCUGGAGGAACGGCGACUUCACCCCCCAGUACCCGGAUUACAGCAGCUCCACGAGUUUCCCCAGCCACGGCCCCAACCCACGGCCGCUCAUCAAGAAGCGCCUGUACAUGUCGGAGCCCGACAGCUCCUACCCCCGGGCAGCCGCAGCCCCCCGCGCCUCGGGCACCCUCUCCUACGGCCCCGGGGGGUUCAGCUCCACGGCUGCGGAGGGGUCUCGCCGCCUGGGCCCUGCCCACAGGAACGGCCCCUCCAGCGCCCAGGGCAGGCGGGCGACCGCGGACGCUGCCGGGAAAGCCACGGCCUACGGCGGCAGCGGGGCUGAGGCCAAGUACAAGGGGCAGAACGGGGACUUCUCGCCCGCCAGCGUGCUGACAGCCAGCAGGUACGAGCCCCCCUGA